GACGGGAGCAGCGCUAAACAGCUGACGUCACGCUCACACGGGUUGUUUUCUUGUGAGCCCGUGUACUUCUUAAUCUCUCAUACUGUUAUUAAAACUAACAGAUCUUUUAGCGGCUAUAUUAUUGUUUCCUCUUGGCUCCACAUUCACUCAUUUAAACGGGCACUGGGUCGCUAACAUUAGUAAACACCACAUAGGUUAGUGGCUAAUGCUAAUGGUGGCGUUGGGUAUUUUUCGAAUUUCUGUUUCAUUUCGCCAGGCCUCUUAAAACUGACACCGCCGAGAGAUUCAAGCGUUAGUUUGCGUUUUGGCAGUCGAGGAUGAACUGGAUUUUCCCUCUGUCCAAGGGCUCUGGAUCGAUCCCUCCUCUGAACAGUUUACAGAAACAAAGACAGAGACAGAUCGAGUCUCUCAGAGCUGCUCACUCCAAUCUUGCAGAAAUUCAGAAGGAUGUAGAGUACAGACUUCCUUUUACCAUCAACAAUUCAACUAUUACUGUCAAUAUCUUACUCCCACCACAGUUUCCUCAGGAGAAACCAGUGGUCAGUGUGUUUCCACCAGUAGGUCAUCAUUUAGUAGACGGUAAUAAUGGAACAAUGGUUACCAGCCCACUCAUAACUAAUUUUGGAAUGCAUUCAGAUUUAGGGAAAGUUAUUCAGAGUUUGCUAGAUGAGUUCUGGAAAAGUCCUCCUGCCUUGAUGUCAGGUCCCAACUUUCCUUAUAUGUACAAACCAUCUGGGAUGCCUCCUUACUCAACUCAGAGCUUCCAUUUUGUUCCUGCCUUCCAACCACAGGAUGGUCAGCGGCCUAUUGGCCCUGCCCCUGUGCCACAUGCAGGGGCGGAGCCUCAACAAGCCCCUCCCCGACCAGCAGCACCAGCUUAUGGACUCAUCACAGACCUUCCUCUUCCUGUACCAACUGCUGAUUCACAGUCAGGUCUGAAUGGACACAUAUACAAGAUGCCUGAAAUCCCAGAUACAUUUCCAGAAUUAUCUGAGAUGAGUGUUUCUCAACUGAAGGAUAUGAACGAUCAAGAUGACGUGCUGUUGGAGUUCUUCAUGUGUCUGCCUCAGCUCAAACAAGUAACCUCUGACAAAGAGGAGCUGGUCAACAACAUUGUAGAGAUGGCCAAGAAAAACCUACAGCUUGAGCCUCAACUGGAGAGCAAGAGACAAGAGAUGUUGUGUAAAUAUGAACAGUUAACCCAGAUGAAGUCGGUAUUUGAAACCAAAAUGCAAAGACAACAUGAGCUCAGUGAGAGCUGCAGUCUGAGUGCGCUGCAGGCCAGAUUAAAGGUAGCGGCCCAUCAGGCUGAAGAGGAGUCUGAGGAGACAGCGGAAAACUUUCUGGAAGGAAAGAACGAGAUUGAUGACUUCUUAGGCAACUUCAUGGAAAAGAGAACGCUUUGCCAUUGCAGAAGAGCCAAAGAGGAAAAGCUCCAGCAAUGCAUGAACACACAUGGACAGUUCCCCUCAACACAUUAGAUUGAAUGUCCCAGUGCUCUCUCCAUGGAGGAAGGUUUGGGAUCAAUCUACCAGCAGACCGGUGGGCUUGAGACAAGCAGCAUAUCUUGUGGUCUACAGCCCCGAUUGGGCAAACAUAGACACAUAUGACAAAAAGAGAUUUCUGCAUAAUUUUUUAAUGAAAUCAAAAUGAUUUUUGCACAUGAUUCCAAAAGUGUUACACUCACAAUGAUUGAGUAGACAGGUUCGAGUACGUUUGGAUGUGCCCAGUCUGGCUGUGACCCAAAGGAAAUCUGUCCUUAAUAGUGUUCAGAAACAGCCGGAGUUCUAAGCUUAUUAGUUGAGUUGAUGAUGUGACAAAUGAGGUUGGGCCUUGUACGCACUUGAAAAUGGUUUUGAACAAUGUUAAUGCUGCCGUAAACGUACGACAAAGACAUACUGUAUUUAAUAAUGUUGAUAAAAAAAUCCUUUAUUAUAAUUAGACAUUGUAUUAUAUGUUUAUUUAAUUUGAUAGGUUAAUAAAACAUUUAGAAUAAUCUC